AUGAUGCCCAUUGGAACCAAGUUAAAAAUAGUGUUUUUAAAGCCUUCCGUAGAACUACGCAUAGGGAAAUAUAAGGUUUCGAGUGAACAUCUUAAAAAUCUGAUUGAUACAGUUUCCAAAGAUAAGCAUAGCCCUCGGCAUAGCCUUACAUACUCAACUCUCAAUCCAACAGAUAAAAUGAACUUUGAUAGCUUUGACAAAAUGACUCAGGAAAAAGUAGUUGAAGCAUUGAAGAAUAAUAUUCCCGAUUCAAAAGGAACAAUAGCAUUUCUAAGAAUAUCCCGGUUUCUACUGGACGCAUUUUUAAGCAAGGAAUUGACUCCAAUCGAAAGAAUAUAUAAAAUGUGGAUAUCUACUUUAUUUUUCCGUAUCUGGCGAUAUAUCGUGUCAAAUGAUAAUGAUGCUUCUUUAACCAAGAAUUUUAUUACCCUCAAUUGCUAUACCUGCAUUGAAUUGAACGCACAUGCACUGGUGGAAUAUGUGAGGAGAUGUCGAGACAGUCCAAUUAACAAAUUCUAUCCAUGGUUACUUAGUAGCCAGCCGUGUGAAAAAAAAUUUCGGGAAUUGAGAUCAUUAACCAGCACAUUUUCCACCGUGGUGAACUUUUCUUUAUUCAAAGUUCUACACCGACUUACGAGAACUGAGUUGAUUAGUAAAAUUUCUCAAGAUACAGAAGGCUAUAAAUUUGCAAGAGAGAACAAGAAACUUGGUUAUAAUACCAAGUCAGCAUAGGAAUCUUUACCCACAGAAACAGAAAUUGGAAGCAUUAUUCAUGAAGCUGUCGAUUACGUUAAAACUACAUUUUUGGAUAUGGAAAUUCAAGUAGGCAGUGAAACAUUGGCCCAUUUUAAAACUUAAUAAAGACCUCAAUCUUGAUGAAGAGCCUGGAAGUGAUGAGGAAAAUGCUCGGGAAAAUGAAGUCGAAGAUCAGAAACACGAGGACAAUAUCAUUAACGAUUCGGAUCUCAAAGAUGUGGAAGAUGUUAAUCUUAUGAAGGAUAUCUUUUCCUCACAAGGAACACUGAAUUUAAAAGACUUUACUCACCCAAACGAAGAGAAAACCCAAAUGUCAACAGAAACAUCAGCCUCGAAAUCAGCGUUCUUGAAGGUCACACUAAAUUCUGGAAAGACAAUGACAGUCAAAAAAUAUUCGUUAUGUUGGCUUUUUCAAAAUUCAUCCUCAAAACUGAGUAGCGACCGCUUAUUACGGGUGAGAGGAACCCCUCAAUCACAAAAAAAAUUAAAAAAAGAGAGAAAAAUCCAUCAAAAAAAAUCCAGGCAAAGAAUCGCAAAUAAAAGAAGUCUCGGAAAAAGAAAGAAACUAAGGAGAAAUAAAGAAUGCUCUUCGGAAGAAACUUCAGAUAUUUCAUUGCAUGACCAUAGCUCAGAUGAUUCAGAAUAUUUUAACGAAGACGAAAGAAGUGAUGAAGAAGAAACUAAGAAAGAAAAUAAAGUGCAAAUAGAAGUUGAAAAAUACUAUGCUGUAUUUUAUGACAUAGGAUGGUUUUUGGGGCGAGUUAUAUGUCAAGACAAGAAUCAAAAUGAUAA